AUGAUUCCGAUUUGGUUUUUCGUAGCAUAUGUACCAGGAGUCUACGUCAGCUACAGGCUUCUGCGUACAUUCUUUGCAUUUGUAUGGGCAGUCGCCUUGUAUAAGAUCAUUCCACAGUUCUAUGGUCCAGCCCUACAGAGAUACAAGUCCAGAUGGACAGGUGAGUGGGGUCAUUUAACAAGUUUUUAAGAAAAAGGUAUCAAAAAACAAGUGUAAUAUUUGAGAGUAAAAGAGAAAAACGGCUGAAUUAACAAUAUAGUUAAGAGCAUAAAGUAAAUUUACACAGAGUAAGAGUACAAGGAAGGUAAGAGCAACAAAGAUUGUCAUUAAACAGUGAUGGAACACCGGGAAGGAAAAGAAAGGAUUUGUCGCGUAGACAGACAUCGCUAUCACCAAUAUUACAGUUUUUCCUACACGAUUUUGCAAGAUUUUGAUUGUAAUUUGAUGACCUUGAUGUUUUAGUUGUGAGCGGUGGUACCGAUGGCAUCGGGAAGGCCUACAUGUUCGAGUUGGCUAGGAAUGGCGUCAAGAAGUUCAUCAUCAUUGGCAGGAAUCCUCAGAAGUUGGAAAGUGUAAAAGAAGAACUGGGUAAGUGUUGGUUGUCUUAUUUUAUAAUUUGAGCAUCUACGACCAAAUUCAACAAAUCUUGAUGAUUAGUUUAAUUUUUGACCACACCAGUCUAGUUCUAAUCCUUACUUGUUCAAAAGAUAUAAUUGACCAAUCUCAAACAUUUACUAUUACUCACAAUUAUUCUAAUUUACCGUUUCCAGAAGCGAAAGACUGCCAAGUGCUGACGUUUGUAUUCGACUUCUUCGAUGGCGACUUCAAAGCGCUCAGAGAUUACUUAUCAGACAAAAACAUCGGAUUCGUCGUGAAUUCGGUUGGUGUGGGACGACAGUACUUGGAACGGUACGGAGAUCGUCCCGAAGCCGAUUAUCAGAUGUUGAAGGUCAACGGAAUGGGAUCAGCUGAGGUGAGUAUCUUGGUUAAACUGUAGACUGGAGAUACAUUUCCAAAGUGAUUUUUGGUCAAUAAGUAAACAGAAAAUCAAAAGAAAACCGAUCUUGCACAAGACUACGCACUGUUUGACCGAAAUAGCAUAUUGUUAUGAACAACAUCUUCCAACUGUUGUGAAUAACAUCUAUGUUGAAAGUUUUUUACUGAAUUUUGAAUUUGAUCAUUAACUAAGACAAACUCAAUAUUUGUUUGUCACCUAUCUACCUUAAUAUCACACAAACUACUCUACCAACAGUUGUGACCAAGCAUGCCGUAAGCAGUUUGACCAACUGUGAAAUAAUAGUCAAACAUUGUGUUUACGUUAGUCAUCUGUGAUCAUAAGUGUUGUAACCACACCCUUGACAUAAAAUAGUUUUGUAAUUAUGGUCAUUGUAGUUUAUGUCAUGCGUCUUGCCACCGAUGGAACGGAACGGCGGAGGUCAGAUGGUGGUACUGUCAUCUACACAAGGCAUUCGUCCAAUCCCACUGUUGGCUGCCUAUUCGGCUACCAAGUCACUGAUCGCCUUCCUUUGCGAAUGCAUCGACCGAGAGUACCAGACAGUCAACGUACAAUGUCUGAUGCCAGCGCUGGUCGCGACAAACAUGACCUAUUACAACGUAAGUCCAUAGAGAGACCACAAGGUAGUCUGAGAAAAAGAUCUUAAGGUAGUCAAAGAAUAUUUGACCAGUAUAAUGGGCAUUGUUAAAUAGUGCUUAUGUCGUUUUAGAAAGGGUCAUUGUUCGUUGUGACACCUGAACAGUUUGCCAAAGAAGCUGUGAGGACACUAGGACUAUCUAAAUGUACAAGUGGAUGUUUUAACCAUGAACUACAGGUAAGUUUCUCAAUUUAUUGAAAGUAAAAUAUCUGAUAGUAGACAAGAUAUUAUUAAAAGUCAUUUUGCAAACACAUGUAAGCCAUAAUUUACAGUGCUUGAUCCGCCAUUUAUUCCCAUGGACUAUUUUGAAGCACCUGAUGAUGCCAAUAUAUUGGCGACAACAGAAUCGUAUGUUGAAGUUACAUGGUGAGGAGGGAGCGGUCAAGGCCUAUCUGGACCCCGCAACGGACCUGAAUGCGGAUUCAGAUGUCAAAAAAGUGAAGAACUCACCCAAUUCAUGCAUUCCACGAAAGAUCUCUCGAGUUGUAGCCUUAGAGGAGAACCGAUCCAGAGCUUAA